AUGCCGCCAUUUAAGGAUGAGCAUAUUCUGAUAAUUGCGCCAGGAUCGCAAGUGACCCUGGCGCAACUAGGCCUCCCAGAGUCCUUCACCCCGGCCCGGUAUCGCUUCCCCUCGCGAAUGUUCCCCGCCGAGAAAAAGGGCGAAUAUGAACCGCACAAGAUCCGCGAGAGGCGACAGGAGGUGAAAAUAUCCAAUGGGCAGGAUGCACCUGCACCGAAGGAGAAGGAAGACGUGGAGAUGAAGGAAGCCGACCAGCAGCCACAGCAGCAGGCCACGCAAGAAGGGACGGAGACCACCGACGCGCCCAAGCCUGAGAGUACCGACGAGCCAAAGACCGAGAACGGUGAGAACGCGGCGGAGGGCGAGGUGAAGGAAGGUGAAAACGAAGAGAACGGGGAUGGCCAGACGGUGGAGGAGAUUUUCUACGAGGAAGACGUUGCGUCUGAGGAGGGGGCGAUUUUCCCCAUUGAGAACGGACGUAUCGUUGAUUGGGGGUGUUUCUUUGCUCUCCUGACGCAUGUUCAUAAUACGCUCAGCCCACCGUUCCAUACACCCAUCAUGCUUAUCGCUGAGCCGGCUUGGUCGCUGCGCGACAGGGAGGCGAUAACGCAAUUUGUGUUUGAAAAGUUCAAGACGCCCGCAUUUUGUCUUAUGGAUUCUGCGGUCGCGGUUUGCUAUGGCUAUGGCACGGCGACUGCAACGGUUGUCGAUGUUGGAAAGAACAAAGUCAAUGUCACCGCGGUUACGGACUUCCUGGUCAACGAGCACGGUAGAGGUACCGCGUUGGAGGGAUGUGGUGGUGACUACUUGACCGACCGACUUCAAGAGCUGCUGGGCCCGAAGGGUUUUACCAGGGAGAUGUGUGAACAGUUGAAGCGGAGCAACAUUACCGAGCUUCUAUCUGCAGGAACGCCUCUACCGGGCGCCGCGGCUACUGCACACCAAGAAGGAAGUCAACCUGCCCCUGUCCCUACGACACAGCCUGGACCUUCGGGGGAGAAUCAGCAACCCAAGAACCAGAACGGCACUGCGGAGAAUGAAGAAGAGGAGGGCGUUCUGGAUGUAGCGGCUAUUGUCAGCGGCGGCCACACCAGCGAAUACCUUGCUGCUCGGGAAAAGGAGAAGGGAACCGUGAAGAAAGGCGCUGAUCCAAAUGCUAAGGCUGUUCGCCUUCCCAAUUCCAAGAAAGACAAGGCUACAUUCCAGUUCCAGGAAUUUGUCAAGUUAGAGCCGGAGAAGGACACACCCAGCGGCCCAGGACGCUUCAUCCGCCAGACAAGAGAUAUUGAAGUCGGAGUUGAACGCUUCCUCGCUGCGACGCCAAAGCAAAAGACAGGCGACAGACUGUCCGGCGGUCUCCUUGAGGACAUCGCGACACAGAUCCACCACACCAUCCUUGCUGUUCCUGAUGCCACGAAGCGUAGUGAGCUGUGGGAUUCGCUGAUCGUUGUCGGUAACGGUAGCAAGGUCAAGGGUUUCACUCAGGCCCUUCUCAGCACAAUCACUCAAAGGUUCGUCCUCUCGCCAUCCGGUACCAUCUUCACCUCAGAAAUUCCCUCCAACUUCUCCACACCCCUCCCCACCGGCGGAACAAACACUCCUGCGCCUCAAGGCCUUCCCGGCCCAAUGCAAAACCAAGGCGGCGGUGUAAACCCUCUUCUCGUCGCUGCCACCCACUCCAACAACCCCGCCGCUGCCGGCAUGCCGCCAGGAACACCGUUGAUGGACCCGACCAUGUCUCGCCACCGCUCUACCGGCCACUCGCAAACCCCAACCUCCGUCAAGACUCUAAGGCCACCCGAGUACUUCUCCGAGUGGAAAGAGCAGACUGCCACAACCGCCCCGCAAAAUAACCCCAGCCUUAACGGGCCUCCCGGCCCUGCUGCCACUGGUGGUCACCGCGGCAUGGAAGAGGCUGUUUUCCUCGGCGCGCAAGUCGCAUCCAAGGUCGUCUUUGUCAUCGACCAGGGUCUCAGCAAGGGCUUCAUGAGCCGUGUUGAGUAUAACGAGAACGGGCCAUCGGCGAUUCAUGAGUAUGUUAUGUGA